UCAGACAGAGGUCCUCCCCUUAUGUUUCCAUGUAACUGCCCCCCUCUCUCGCUCUCUAUCCCCCUCCCUUCCUCUCUUCUCUUCUCUUCUCUUCUGGCAUCCCCCAUCCCCCAUCGCUUUAUGUGCUUCCAUACAGCCUGAAAAUCAACCGGAGGAGGAAAGCUUCACACUCGCGGAGAAUAGACUGACCCUCAGCAGCCCAGAAGAUCGCUUAUAACCGGGAUCACAGACUGGAUCAGGGUGACCCAUCUAAACCGUCUCGCUCUGAUUUGCAUAUCCAUUCUUCCUACCUCCUUCAUUUGCCUUUCCUUCACUGAGAAUGGCAAGCGGGCAUUCCACUGACAAAUUCAGUUUUCUGUACCCAACAGACACCAGUCAGAACGUUAAGAGUAAGAACAGGCUGUCUUCCACCAUGAACCCGGUGUACAGUCCAGUGCAGCCGGGAACUCCAUACGGAAACCCCAAGAAUAUGGCAUACACAGGUUAUCCUGGAGGUUACCCUACGACUGCCCCGACCUACACAGCCAACCUUUAUCAGACAGGUAGCCCGGGAUACCCACCAGUGCUGCUGGUGAAGCAGGCCUGGCCCCAGACCGCAUCUGCUCCGGGGCCCGCAGAAGGCUCCUAUGACCUGGCCAUGGACGCUGGCUCAGAGAGCAGGCAGUACCAGGCCUCAUCUACAGCAUUCAGAUAUACUGCAGGAACGCCUUAUAAAGUGCCCCCUACUCAAACCAAUGGAGCCCCUCCGCCCUAUUCCCCGUCUCCUAACCCCUACCAGACGGCCAUGUACCCCAUUAGAAGUGCCUAUCCCCAGCAGAACCUCUAUGCUCAGGGUGCUUAUUACACGCAGCCAAUGUACGCCGCCCAGCCUCAUGUCAUCCACCACACCACCGUGGUCCAGCCCAACAGCAUCCCCUCCGCCAUCUACCCCGCUCCUGUACCCGCACCCCGCUCCAACAGCAUGGCCAUGGGCAUGAUGGCCGGAACAACGAUGGCCAUGUCUGCCGGAACGCUGCUGACCACCCCUCAGCACACUCAGAUCGGAGCACACCCCGUCACCGUGCCAACGUACCGACCCCAAGGAACACCUGGGUACAGCUACGUGCCCCCUCACUGGUAGAGCCCACCUGCCAAUCAUAUCUGGAGUCAAACAUUGUAUGCAACUACUCAAGUCUUACAUCGGCGCUCUGUGCUCAACAGCGAGGCGCCACGUCUGUUUGCAAGAACAAAAAGAGAAAAAAAGUGCAAGGGUCACUUUAUGCAUUCUUACGUGUUUUUGUAAAAGCUGCUUUUUUAUCUUUUUAUUUAAUUUUGAUUUUAUUUUUUCUUUUCUUUUUUUUUUUUUUUUUUUUUUUUUUGGGAUGAUGUUCUUGCAUCAGGUUAUUUUAAUUCUUCAUUGUUCCAUAGUUAUUCUAUAAGAACUCCAGAAUGAUUUCGACCAAUCACGACCCGUCUUUGUGUUCAGUAUAAACGCUGGUGUGUAGGAAUGUACCGACGCAAUAUCAGCACCAACUCGGAUCAUAAUCAUCCACUUAGGCUGCCGAAUUUUAUAACCUUUAGAUAUUAGCACAGGGUUGGUUUUCUUUUAUGUAUUUACAGCAGAGUUUCAUUUCAAUCUUCCCAAAGCGCUUGGGAAUGGUUCAAGGAAAUUUAAUUUCUCCCUCAUUUCGUCCGAUGACAAGGGUGUCUUCCAGCUUGUAGCUGUUCAUGUAGAUUUGUAAGGAAUAUAUCAUUAGUAGGGCAGUGCAAACGUGGUUUAACCUUCAUUAGGAUAUCGAGUACAUUCAGUAAUCUUAGUUAUUCACUAAAUAGAGAACGUUUGAGUGAGCCGGUUACUUUAUUAGCUUAUGUGUCAGGAUAGCGUAAGCUUCCAAACUAUAAUGUGUUUAUGCGAUUUAUAAAAAUGUGUGCGGCAUGCACUCACGGUGAAUAUUGAGGAAAAAAAAUCUAUUAGUGGCACUUAGCUGGAGCCUCUGGGUGCGAUGUCGUCCCGCGGGCAUCAAAACGUGUGCCAACUUUGAGGCCAGACGGGACGGACGCUACUCUGACGGAACUAUUAAGAUUGCGUCCGAUUCAAAGGGACUUUGCGCCAUCGUAGACAGCACAAAAAGCAAAAAAAAAACACACACACAAGGGAGGGAUGGCGUUCCAGCAUUCAUUUCCAAACAGCUCCGGGUCUAGAGUGGGUCUGACCUCUGGUCCUCUGUGAAUCCUUGGGCCUUUAGGCCUUUAGUUGCACAGAUUUUAGGCGUAGAAACGGAAUUCGGAGUUGUUCAAUGCAAUAAUACGAACGGCCUGCUUGAAUGGCUUUUAAUUGUAAUUUACAGCAUUUGUAGAGAGAGAUAAAGAGAGAAUUUUGAUUUCCUAUCCUAAGGCCUCGCCUGUAUCCAUGAAUAGUGUACUCAGAAGUGACAUAUCAAGUAUUCUAUGAAAUGUUAUCAUACUGAAGCAUUGCACAUCGACAAAUAGACGUAACUUAAUAACCAAUUAUACGGUACACUCUCAUAUUUAAUGAUGUAAUUAAGAAAAUCAAGCAUUUACUCUGCAAACCAUUAGUCUUGGUAAUGUCUCUGGAAGUAAUAUUAUUGUCAGUACAGAACAGUAUCACUCUUUUCGUUGUUUUGUUGGUUAAGCGACCACUGUUGCGAUAUAUAGUACACUCAAAAGUGGGAAGAAGUGAUUCUCUGAUCUUAUGUGAAAGUCAUAGCGUCUAGUAAUGCAUGUGUCAUGCGGGUGAAUGCAGUAUAGUGUAAUCAGAUGGAAACUAUGCCCUUGCGAAGCAUGGUUGCAUCAUGUUGAAUUGCAGCUUAUGGAUUGCUUUUAAUAAUACAUUUACAUCACAGCACAUUCCCUUUGGUAUUUUUCGUUAAAGUAAAGAGCGCAGAGUGAUUCAUGAAUCUAAACAUGGAUAUAAUCACAUAAAUUAAGUGAAGCCUGUUUUUAUUUUAUUUAUUUUUUUCUUUAUUUUCAGAAUAAUUCAGCUAAUUUUCCCACAAAUUCUUCUUACUUUAAAACAUCCUGUAGUAUUUUAAAGGUUAUUUGUAUUACUCUAAAUAGUGAUUAUUUUUUAACAGUAUUUUUUAUUUACAUCAGCAAAUGUAACAAAUAUAACCAUGAUUCAUGAUUCAAGAGGAAAUUGUCAUGAAAAUAAAAUAAUACAAUAACUAACCUUUUUAAAAUAGGCUUCAUUUUCUUUAUGCAUAUAUAUAAAUAUAUAUAUAUAUAUAUAUAUAUAUAUAUAUAUAUAUAGAUAUAUAUAUAUAUAUAUAUAUAUAUAUAUAUAUAUAUAGACUUGUUCUUGACAGGUUCAGUGAGAUUCCUCUAAAAAUUACUGUAACUUCAUUGCAGUAUAAUCAUUUUCCUGUUGUAAGGGCAAAAAGCGAGUCAAAAGCUUUGGUAUGUGUAAUAUUUGCCUAAGGAUGGAAUUUUAUUCACAUGAUGACAUCAAUAAGUAAUGCAAAUCAGUCAAACUUGUUGAUCAUUGAAUGAGAAUCUCGUAAUUCACCGCAUGUUCACAUACACUGUCUCUGUUUUGAUGACAUGAUGCCAUUUUCCUGCGCUCUCCGCCCUACUCUUUCCCUUUCUGGUCUUAUACAGUAUUAUAUCAAGCGGUGAACUAUAUUUUCUGUGUCUUUGCAUAGGUUUGCAUCAGGAGACUUGACUGAUGCAUUUAAUCACUGUAGUCGACAUAUGACACUCUGAACUAGGACUAGAGUGACCUUUGACACUGCAAAAUGAAUCAAGGACGUUACCAUCCACUCUGACAUGUAAUUUAGGCGCUUUUUACGUAAGUGUUAUUUAAAGUUUGAAUUAAUGAUUGAUGUUGAUUUUUCUUAAAUAGGAGAUCUUUCUAGUUGAUCUGGAGUGGAUUGAUACAGUCCAUGUGGUUGAGAGGCAUUUCAGAGCACAAGUCUUCAAAGGGUUUCCUCUUCCUCUAUAUGCAUUUCCCCUGUCUGUCUAUCUCCUCUUCUUUUCUUUUCAAGGAGGACAGAGUUGAGCGAUUCUGCAGCUACAGUUAAAAUAAUGGCUGAGCUUUUUGUGAAAAUUAGAUAUGAGCAAAUAAGUUGAAUUUACAGGUAUGUAGGACAUUUUAAUGCAGGGUCAUCAUGAAUUUAAAGGGACAGAUCAUCCAAAAAUAAAACAUUGUGAUGAAAAAAAAAAGUC